GUCUGAAGAGCUGUCCCAGACGGGUAUCCGAGGAGUAAGUGAGCCCCGGAGUCCAUCACACACACAGUGGUAUCAUGUAGGUCUCUGGUCCCUGGCGUCGUCCUUGAGCCUAGGCGAGUUCACACCCAGGGCCUGCCCAGCCUCACUAUGAGCCACGGCCCGAGCCCGCGGCUGGCCGAACGUGAGCUGGCCCGGCUGCGGGGAGCGCAUGGCACGGUGGACAAGACACACGACGGCCCGGAGCCUGAGCGCGAGCAUGAGCCUGUGCGCGACAUCGGGGCGGAGAGGCCGCCUGGCAGCCAGGAGCUGGACCUGGUGGAGAGCCUGCUGAAGAGCAGACCAGAGGAGACUGAAGGCUGCUGGGAUGCCUGCAGUAUGGCAGCUGGGGGCUCUCGAGCCAGCUCAGGCCGCCAGGAUCGCAACCGCCUGCCCUGGGAGGAUACAGCCAGUACAGAGGAGGAUGCUUCCAAGCUGACUGCCCUGCGGCUCCGGCUGGAUGAAUCCCAGAAGGUGCUGCUUAAGGAACGAGAGGAUAAACUGGCUCUGAGCAGGAGCAUCGAGAAGCUGGAGGGAGAGCUUAGCCAGUGGAAGAUCAAGUAUGAGGAGCUGAGCAAGACCAAGCAGGAGGUGCUCAAGCAACUCAGCAUCCUAAAGGAAACACACCAGGAUGAACUGGGCCGCAUGUCUGAAGACCUGGAGGAUGAGCUGGGCGCACGCUCCAGCAUGGAUCGCAAGAUGGCUGAACUGAGGGGUGAGAUGGAAAGGCUUCAGGCAGAGAAUGCAGCUGAGUGGGGCCGCAGAGAGAGGCUGGAGACGGAGAAGUUGGGCCUGGAGAGGGAGAACAAGAAGCUGCGUGCACAGGUUGGAGACCUGGAGGAGGCCCUGGCUCGCAGACGGCGUCAGAAUGCCAGUGCCCUGGAUUGUGAUCUGAGGGCCAGCCAGGCCGCUCUCUUCGAGAAGAACAAGGAGCUGGCAGACCUGAAGCAUUUGCAUGGCAAGCUCAAGAAGCAGUUUCAGGAGAAGGUGGCAGAGCUGGCACACGCCAAUCGGCGUGUGGAACAGCACGAGACGGAGGUAAAGAAGCUGCGGCUGCGGGUGGAAGAGCUCAAGAAAGAACUGGCCCAGGCGGAGGACGAGCUGGAUGAGGCCCACAACCAGGCACGGAAGCUGCAGCGGUCACUGGACGAGCAGACAGAGCAGAGCGAGAACCUCCAGGUGCAGCUGGAACACCUGCAGUCCAGGCUCCGCAGGCAACAGCAAAAUGCCCCCCUUUUUGGGAAGAUCCGCAGUACCCGAUUUGGCACCGAGGAAGCCGGAGAUGGAGCCAGCGACCUAGAUGAGGAUGAGGACCUGCAAAUCCAGGUGGCCUAGAACAUCCGGGGCAGAACAGGACUGGCCUGAAGCCACAGAUGCCCAGAUGAGCAUCCACUCAAACCAAAUUGUGCAGCUCUUCAUGCUCUCUGCACUCCCUUGGGUCCCAUCCCACUGUUGGGGACGACUUCCUCCUCUCCCAGGAAGGCUGCACUCUCACCUACUCAUACCCCAUGGAUGGGGAACCUGUUGGAUUUGUAUAUGUAUAUAUGCCCAGGGUUGCUUGGACCCAUUCGAUUUUAUAAACACAGGACCCAGUUCCUAAGACCCCAUCUGCAUAGGACUUCAUGCAAGGAUGGAGCAUAUGGAGGGAGGCUUGGUGGUCUGGCAGGGGCUAUUCAUAAUAAGAUACCAUGAACUCAGACUUUUGUAAUAAAUGGAGUUCAAGCUCUCA